GGCAGGGGUUUGGCGCGCCCAGCGCGCACCGGCCGCCAAAGGAAGCGCUUUUGCCUUGGGACCAGGCGCUAGGCUCCUGGCCCGGCCCGGGGGCGCGGCGCGCCCAUGGGCAGCGCCGAGAACCGCAGCGACGGCUCGGAGGACGCGGGGGAGCCGCCGUGGGCAGAGGUGCUGCCUUGCGACGAGCGCCAUUGCUCGCCCUUCCCCCUGGGGGCGCUGGUGCCAGUGACCGCCGUGUGCCUGGGCCUGUUCGCCGUCGGGGUGAGCGGCAACGUGAUGACGGUGCUGCUGAUCGGGCGCUACCGGGACAUGCGGACCACCACCAGCUUGUACCUGGGCAGCAUGGCCGUGUCUGACCUGCUCAUCCUGCUCGGGCUCCCCUUCGACCUGUACCGCCUCUGGCGCUCCCGGCCCUGGGUGUUCGGUACGCUGCUCUGCCGCCUCUCGCUCUAGUGCACCUACGCCACGCUGCUGCACAUGACGGCGCUCAGCCUCGAGCGCUACCUCGCCAUCUGUCGCCCGCUCCGGGCCCGCGGCCUCGUCACCCGCCGCCGCGUCCUUAUGGUCAUCGCCGCGCUCUGGGCCGUGGCGCUGCUCUCCGCCGGGCCCUUCUUCUUUCUGGUGGGCGUCGAGCAGGACCCCGGCCGCUACGCGGUCCAGGACCUUAACGGCACCGUAGCUCACCCCCUCGCCCCGCCGCCACCGCCACUUCUCGGGUCCUCGCGGGCGCCACCGCUGUCCCCGCCGUCGGGGCCCGAGGCGGCGGCGGCCGCGGCGCUGUUCAGCCAGGAGUGCCGGCCGAGCCCGGCGCAGUGGGGCGCGCUGUGCGUCAUGCUGUGGGUCACCACCGCCUACUUCUUCCUGCCCUUCCUGUGCCUCAGCGUCCUCUACGGGCUUAUCGGGCGGGAGCUGUGGAGGAGCCGCGGGCCGCUGCGAGGCCCGGCCACCUCCGCUCGGGAGAAGGGACACCAGCAGAUGGUCCGCGUCCUGCUGGUGGUGGUUCUGGCGUUUAUAGUUUGCUGGCAGCCUUUCCACGUUGGCAGAAUCAUUUACAUAAAUACCAAAGAUUCCGGGAUGAUGUACUUCUAUAGUACUUUAACACUUGCCCUGCAACUUUUCUAUCUGAGCGCAUCCAUCAACCCCAUCCUCUACAACCUCAUUUCAAAGAAGUAUAGAGCAGCGGCCUGGAAACUGCUGCUAGCCAGGCGGUCCAGACAGAGAGGUUUCUGCAGAAGCAGGGAGGCUGGAGGGGAUCCUGGAGGAGACAUGGCUGGCUGCACCGAGACCAGCGCUAAUGUACAGACACCAGCAACCAGCAUGGCCAAACACAGCGCCUCAUCCCACAGCUCUGGGACUUAA